UGACUGUAUGCAUUGCACUUGUGAGGAACGCUGUGUGAUCCGGUGACUAAAAUUUUUACUUGUAUGAUCAGAGGUCCAGCCUCUCCAAGAAACUAGCAAGAUGAAGACCUACAUGGCUUUGAUGGGUGCAGCCAUCUUCUUUGUUGUUAUCGUCUCCAUGUACUUGAUGCUGGACCAGACACGAUCAUUUCCUGACCCGCGGGGACCCCAUGAUACACUGCUCAAAGUACAGCAGUUUUCUCCUGGCGAGAUAGACGAGCUUCAUCAGAAAAUAAGUGCCUUAGAAAACGACCUCGUUAACAACCACGAGACCAUCAACCAGCUCAGGAACGCGGUCAAGUCACUCGCCAACGGUGACCUAUCCUUCAAGCUGCCCCAACUUGACCCCCACCCUGUUGUGCCCGCCCAUCAAAAAGACGGGACCGCCCCUAAGAAUAUUGACCUCAAUGUCCACCAACCCGUGCAGGUGGAUUCCAAGUUGCCGAUGCAGAGUUGGAAACCUCUACCGCCGUUUACUGUUGCGCGAGCCGAGGUUGGAAACGAGGAGUGCGCCUUUGGCGCGGUGCCAAAUGGGAACAACGUUGACGUCCAGAUGUUGGAUGUGUACAACACUCUUCCGUUUGACAAUCCCGACGGCGGAGUAUGGAAGCAAGGCUAUGACAUCAAAUACAACCCAAACCAGUGGAACGACGAUCCGCUCAAAGUGUUUGUGGUGCCGCAUUCCCACAACGAUCCAGGAUGGAUAAAGACCGUGGACAAAUAUUUCAAGGACCAGACAGUUCACAUCCUGAACAACAUGGUGGUCAAGAUGCAGGAAUAUCCCAAAAUGAGAUUCAUCUGGGCAGAGAUUUCCUACUUCUCAAUGUGGUGGGAACAAACCAGUAAACAGAGUCAAGAUAUCACAAAAAGGUUAUUAGAGGAAGGCCGGUUUGAGAUAGUGACAGGUGGCUGGGUCAUGAAUGAUGAAGCCAACUCCCAUUACUUUGCCAUGGCAGAUCAGCUCAUAGAAGGCCAUGAGUGGAUAGAAGCAUUCUUAGGAGUAAAGCCCAAAGCAGGUUGGGCCAUCGACCCUUUCGGAAUGACCCCUACCAUGGCCUACUUGCUCCAACGCAUGGGCUUUGAGGCCAUGCUGAUCCAGCGCACCCACUACGCCAUCAAGAAAUACCUGUCCAAGGAGAAGAAAUUGGAGUUUCUCUGGAGACAGAAUUGGGAUCACGGUUCCAGCACAGACAUGUUCUGCCACAUGAUGCCGUUCUAUAGCUAUGACGUUCCGCACACCUGCGGACCAGACCCCAAGAUCUGCUGCCAGUUUGACUUCAAGAGACUACCCGGCGGACGGAUUGCCUGCCCAUGGAAAGUGCCACCGGUUCCCAUCAACGACAUGAACGUAGCCAAUAAGGCUGAGAUUCUCCUGGACCAGUAUCGUAAGAAGAGCACCUUGUACAGAACCAACAUCCUCUUGGUUCCGUUGGGGGAUGAUUUCCGUUACGACAAGGCAGCAGAGUGGGAUCAGCAGUACACCAACUACCAGAAACUCUUUGACUACAUGAACUCCCAGCCCGGCUGGCACGUACAGGCUCAGUUUGGCACCCUGUCUGACUACUUCAACACCAUCAUUGAGCACACCAAGGGACCGACUGGUACCCAGCCCCAGGGCUUCCCUGUGUUGAGUGGUGACUUCUUCACGUACACCGACCGAGAGAAGGAUUACUGGUCAGGAUACUAUACAUCCAGACCCUUCUAUAAAAACAUGGACAGAAUACUGGAAUCACACUUAAGAGGGGCUGAAAUAAUCUACACUGUGGCUGCAACGAAAGCCAGGCAAGUUGGGACCGGCCAGAAGUUUGACGAAGACUCCAUGAUUAAAAUGCUGACGACAGCAAGGAGAAACUUGGGUUUGUUUCAGCACCAUGACGCCAUCACAGGAACCGCAAAGGAUCACGUGGUGGUGGAUUAUGGGACAAAAUUAUUAACAUCUGUGAAUGAUAUGCGUAAGAUCAUGAUGAAGUCCAUUCACUUCCUGUUGUCACCUGACCAGACAAAGUACGCACCCUACACUGCAUUCUUUGAUGUAGAUGAAGAAAGCUCCAAACAUGACAUUUUACCAGAAAAGAAGGUUUUAAAACUGUCCACAGAGGCAUCAAGUAUUGCGGUCUUUUACAACACACUGGCCCAGCAAAGGAAUGAGUUGGUACGACUCUACGUAUCCUCACCCAACGUCCAGGUGACGGACGGAGAGAAGAAAGUUAUUCCCAGCCAGUCUAACCUUGUGUGGACGGAUGACAUGCAGACAGCAAGCACCAAAUAUGAGCUUGUGUUUGCUGUUGACAUAGCGCCGCUGGGCAUCAAGAAAUAUCUCAUCAAGGACAUGGGUUCAUCAGAGUCAGAGCAACAUGGCUUGUCCACAGUGGCUAUGUACCAUGUGCCUGGCAGUGGCACAGAGAAGAGGGGGCCAUUUGUGGUUGAGAAAUUUGCAAACUACCCGUCGGAAGACAUCAGCAUUGAAAACUCCAACCUCAAGGCAGUGUUCACUGGAUCCACAGGAAUGCUGAAGUCUUUGACCACCAAAGCUGAUGGCAAGAAGACGGAUAUUGAGCUGUUGUUCAUGUUGUACGGAACGGUUUCCCAGAAGGCUAAGAGUGGAGCCUACCUAUUCCUACCAGAUGGCCCAGCUAAGCCAAUCAACCUGAAUAAUCCACUUGUCCGAGUUGUCCGCGGUCCGUUGCUAUCAGAGAUCUACGUGUCAUUCAACAUGGUCAACCAUAGAGUCACCAUCAAAGAAAGUGCAGGUGUGGAUUCUAGAAUAUUGGACAUAAGGAAUGUCGUGGACAUCCGGAGCGUUCGCAACCAGGAGCUGAUCAUGAGAUUAAAAUCCAGCGUGGAGAAUCCUGACCGAAUAUACUACACAGAUCUCAAUGGAUUCCAGCUUCAGCAACGCAAGACGUUAGACAAACUGCCCAUCCAGGCCAACUAUUACCCCAUGCCCAACAUGGCGUUCUUAGAGUCCAGCGACACCAGACUCACACUGCUAACCAAUCAUCCAUCAGGAGUGGCUUGUCUCCAAACAGGCUGGUUCGAGGUGGUACUGGACCGGCGGUUAAACCAAGAUGACAGCCGCGGUCUCCAACAGGGUGUCCUGGACAACAAGGUCACAUCACUGUCCUAUCAAAUCCUCCUGGAGAGAACAGACGCCACCGCCGCAGCUACGGCCGCUAAGCAGGUCAGGCAAAAGUCCCACACCCUCUUGGGAUGGCUUAAGGGUGAACGAAAGAGCCCGCCCCAGCCAGCCGGGUUCCCGUCCCUCCUAGCCCACGCUGCCUCUCACACCCUGGACCACCCUCUCUACAUCCACACGGCCUUACCGGAGAGCCAGGAGCCCAGCGGCCAGCUGCUACCCGAGUACCAGAUGCUAGAUGAGGCCUUCCCCUGCGACGUUCACCUGCUGAACCUACGGACACGGGUCCAGCAGAGCAAUAACGCAGUGGAAGCCAAGCGGGAGGCGUUCUUGCUGCUUCAUCGGACAGGGUUUGAUUGUCGGUAUCCAGGACUGGCGCUGUCCUGCUCCACAAAUGGCGGCAAGGUUGCUGUCCGAAAUCUCUUCCAGAACUUAAACCUGAGAGGCCUACAAGCCACCUCUUUAUCGGGACUCUACGACAGCAACGAGAUGGAAGUGGAUUCGGAAUUUACGAUCGAGCCAAUGGAGAUCAACACGUAUAGAGUGCAGUUUCACUGACCACAGAAACCCUAAGGGGUCAUGACCCGGUAAACCCCUUAGUAACCAUAGCAACCAGCAGCCAAUUUUUGUACUCAUGAAAUGAUAAGGCCUUUCUCCAGUAUUUCAAGAGGUUUUCAUCGAGAUACAAAAGCACUUUCUGAAACUUAGGUGAAGGGAUUUUCCCCUUUUGAUUAUUUUUUCUAAGGCUGAUUUCCAUUUAAACUAGCGUUGUUCACCAGGAAAAAUAGUUGAACACUAAAAUUGAAUGAUCAUGUGCCUUUCCGUUCUUCCCCAAAUUUGUUUAAUCAGAAGUAUACAAAUAAAAGGUAUUGAUGAUUCAGAUUAAAAAAGAAAUUAUAAUAAUGAUAAUAAAUUAAAAAUCAUUGGCCGAGGAAAACACUAAUAACAUAUUGAAGUAGAGCAUUUUUUUUUUUUUUUUCAAUUUUCAUUUCAUUUCAAAGAUUGCUUUUUAGUUGACUCAUGUUUUUUGUUUUUGCUUUUUGAAGCCCAAUAAUUUAGGACUAAAUGUAAACAUAAUUUAUGGAGUAAAUUAAAAUGCUACUUAAUGUGAAAGACUGAAUAUAUGUCCUAAUAAACAGGGCACAAGAAUUGAUUUCAACUGCAUUUACUUGUAUACUCAAAAGCCUACAGUGAACGUUAAUUCAGUUUGGAUUCAGGCUUAUUUAGAUUUUUAUUUCCAUUUUUCUGUUCGAUAAAGUCUCUCUUCAGUACAAUAUUAAUUCCUAUUUUAGUUUUCAAUUUAUGUUUCAAUUUUUCAAUCAAAUUUUACAUAUCAAACUUUUUUCGAGUAUUCCCCAGUUGUUUGCCGUAAUCAUGAACAAUAGAGUAUAUAAAUAUUUUUUUAAAUUAUCUAAUUAAGUUAUGAUCAGAAAAAAAAUUGUUGGACGUCCAUGACAAAUAAGAUAUGGCGUAUUUGCUGUAAAUAUUUAUUUUGAAAUUGUAUAUUCUGUAAAGCUGGUAAAGUGCAGAAAGGCGGAGGAUGUUUUUUGCCAAAUAUUUUUAAUUUGGUUUGGCACGCCAGUGGUUUUUGGAAGCAAAAACCGCCAGACACGCCUACUACGAUCAAAGAUAUCUUUCUCUCUUAAGAUGUAAUUUUUUUGUCGCAAAUGCGAGCUUGAUAAUGGCAUAUAAAUUUUGCUUUUUGAUUCAAAGCAAUACUUUUGUAAGAUUUUCUGUCUUAACACAAGAGGUGUUAGGGGAUAAUUUCAUAUUUUCUUUCAAAAUGUUCCCUUUUUCAUAUUGUAUAUAAAAUAUUUAAUUCCUUUGUUGUCAUUUUUUUCUCACACAUAACUCGAUAGAAAAAGACUAAAGUUAAAAAGUUGUGCCCCUGAAAUAUUUCUUUAAAAAGCACUCGUGUCAGUAUUAUUUAACGAUGUGAAAACAAUAUCAUCAUGGCAUUGCCUGUGAUCAGUUUUUGUGUAAACAAAACACUUGAAAUUAAGGUUCCCAAAGUUAAUUUUUAAAAAAUUGGUUUUGAGGACAGAUCAAAUUUGUGUUUCCUUUGUACAACCAUGACAACAGUAAACUCCGUUGGACUUUUGUACAUACACAACUGUACAUGUAUGUAUUUUUGCAAUAUGUACAAAGUAAAACUUGCAAAAUGCACAGGUUUGGAUAUUUGGUUUAAAGAACAUUUUUUUUAAAUGUCACUUCACGUCCAGGCAAAGGCACUCCUUUUGUCAUUGUUCAUCUACAGUUACUUGCGACCGUACUUGUGAUUUGACUUGUGAAUCACUUUAUUUUUCAGUCGUUUUGAACUCUGGUAUAAAAAUAAUGCAUGUUUAUGAGUGCAAUUAAAUUAAUCUUCCCAUUGCACUAAUGUGAAACAUUGAUUUUUUUGUUUUAUACAGCACCUGAAUAAAUCCUCGUCAUCUGAUUGGUUAGUUGCAAACUGGUACUGUGAAUGUACAGCAACAGAGCCAUCAGAGCACCACCAAUAGAGUGACCAUGCAAUAGAAGUUCCAUUUACUGCGGAAUGGAACUUCUAUUUUUGCGGUGCUGCCGCGCCAUGCAUUGGGACUAAUAAUUCAAUGACAUGUGAUCAACAACCCACCAAUCAGAUGACGGGGAUUUAUCAAGACGUUGCAUAAAAUAGAACAUUUCAUCAUUUGCAAGAAAACAAAGUUGUACUUCUGCUUGGAAAAGGGAAAACUGUAAACGUUCACAUUGAGAAGAUGAAACUUCAGAUUUACCUUCACUCUUUGCUUAUUUUUUUGUAGAAAGUCACAACGAAUCUCUUAAUAUCCACUGGGAACUGGUUUAGUGCAUUUGGCACUUCACAGUACUAACCCCCAAAAUUGAUUACCAUUUUCACUUUGUAUCUUAGAUUACAAGGCAUGUAGAACUGAGACUAUUAACUUGGUUUUUGAAUAAAAAAAUCAUUAUUCACAGGCUGAGCAUGAAAUUAUUUAUUUGUAAUGUUUUGAAAAGGGCAGACUACUUUAGUAGCCUAAAGAAAUUUCUCAGGCUAGGACUGUCCUGAAUAUUAAAAUAUUGGAUCAUCCACUGAAGAUUCUAAUAGCUAUUUGCCAGUUUGAAUAUUUGAAGAAAAAAAAAUAAGUACAUGCAGACUCAACUAUGAUAUUCGUUUAAUCGUAAAGUUUAUCGUCAGAUACCACCUUUUUUUGUGGACGGCAGUUCGUUCUUCCUAUCCAGCAGGUUAAAGCCCUUGUCUCGUAUAAAAUUCUUAAUGAAUGUAAAACACUCAAGCAGCCCAUAUCGAUUUUAACGGACGCGCUUUGCAUGCAACUUUUGAAACGGCACACAGUUACAGCUGGCAUGUGAACAACUUUAUCAUAGAGUUUUAAAUAAUUGAAUAUUUGGUGAAACGUAGAUCUGAAUUUUUUUUUCGAAGAUCCGAAAAAAAAUUCGAAAACAGACAGAUUAAUUUUGGGCUAUUCAUAUACCUGUAUUACUUCAUUUGAAGGGGUUGAGCACUUUUGCACUACUGCACCCGAGGCACACAAAUCAUUCUUUUUUGGAGAAUCUUUUGGAGAAAACCCUUUUUUUAUUUGACACAAAACAUCAAAGAAAUGACACCAUAUGAAAUAGAAUACUUAACAAAAAUCAUGAAAGACGCAAACAUUAUGAUAAAUGUAGCAAGAUAUAAUCAUGGUCUCAUGUUUUCCCAAGUCUUAAUAUAACUGAACACCCUAACACUUUAAAUAAAUACACAUUCAUGUAAUACAAAACAUGACAAAGUCAGAUUCAUUGCACAUGUUUGCCUAAAGUGUUCUUCAUAAAAAACCGCAGAAACAAGAUAUUUGACAGUGGUCGUACAUAAACCAUGUUUCACACACAAAAGAACAUGUUUUGGCUUUGUUAGAAUUAUCGUAAAUGAUUCAACUGCACACUAUUACGUGCCCGAGUCCCGAGUUAAGAACACUUUUGCCUAGGAAAAACCAGUUACACGCACUGGCCAAAUGCCCCCAAACUUGUUCUGUUGUUGUUGCCAGUCCCAGCUGAAUUUGCUCAGUAUUAUCCAACAUGGCUGCCUUUGUUUAUGUAGUCUGUACAGCGACAAUGAACAUUUUCACUUUCAUUUGCACAUUGCUAGUGCAAACAGGAUUGUUAUGUGACAUUCUGUGGCUAUUAUUUUUCCUUUUAUAGCGAAGCAAUAUACAUAAACAGCUAUUUGGAACGAGCUUAAAUACUGAACCUUGGCUUUCACCCUGUAGUACAAAUGUGGUUACGAGUCAGCCAGGAGCAUUUCCAGUCAAAAUCCAAGACUUGUUUUCCUCACACAGAAAAUUAACCUUCAUCAGGGCCUAUAUAAUUAUUAUGCCCGAUAGAAGUGCAAUUCUAUUGGUCCUGGGAAACUUACACCAUUCCUGGAUACAAAAAUAACAUUUAUUUUAAUUCUACUUAUGGUUUAAUAACAUACAAAUAAUUAUGGGAUUCGUGUAAUUUAUCCAAAUUCCAGGAGUCUUGAGCCCAAUACUAAAGGUUAGUUUAGUGAUAUGUGACCACUUCACUUUGUGUCCAUACGUUUCAACCCCCCCCCCCCCCCCCCCACCCUUAAAAACCCUCUUACUACCCCAAAACUUCUAGAAAUUGCUGAUGUAUUUAUGCUGAUUAGUAAUUUAUGCUGAUUAUUGAAAUUUGGCUUCGGUUUACAAAUAUUAAAACUAUUGUCGCCUUUAA